CUUAACGAAAUACAGUCAAUUUCCUAUAUGGGUAUUCUUAGCAGAUAUGAUCAAUACAGCACCACUAGUACACACAAAACAGCGCAGAUUAACUUUUAAUUACAUACCAAAUCAUUUGACUUGUUUGAUUUGUAAGGGUCUACAGCAUCAGGCCGUCAAAGUAGGCGAGUUGGAAUUGUGUUUAAAACUCCGCUGAUGACCACAGAAAUCAGUUAACUCCAGACGUCCACAUUUAGCUGCGUGGAAACUGUUGAAUGAUAACAACUAGGCGUUUACUGAAGUAUAUCCACUUGAAGAAAUUGUGUUCAAGAGGUAUUCAAUGUUAUUCUGGAGAAGCUGGUUCUUGUUCAUCAACAGGUGCUUUUCAUCCUAGACCAAUAAUGACACCACUUGGUUUAAUUAAAGUUGUUGGUGCUGUAUUACCUUCAAUUUAUCUUGGUUCAUUUAUAAGUAGAAGUGGAGCAGAAUUUCUAGAAGAGAAUGAUAUUUUCGUUCCAGAAGAUGAUUAGAAGAAGAAUUAGACAAAACUUACUGCCAUAUUAUUUCUUUUCUUCAUUAAUUAUUUUUUUGUUUGUUUGUUUGUUCACACAAUUAGUUUUGUUAAGAGUUAGUUAUUUUAUUGUGAAAAUUUUUUUUUCAAAGAAUGUUUUCACUGACUGAUGAGAGAAGCUUAUGUUGUUUUAACUUCUACAAAACUCUUGUAUGACUCAAAUGCUUUUACUAAUAAUAUGUGGUACAAGUUAAUGCAUAGCAUGAUCUUUAACUUUUAUAAUUAUGUGAUAAUAUUCGUGUAUUAGAAAGAGAUACCAAAUAAAACAUAAUAUAUAUAUAUAUAUAUAUAUAU